AAACGCAGAUAAAGUAACCGUAGGGAAAAGUCAAGCAGACGAUGUCCCCAACCAUUUUAGGCGGAGAAAUCGAUCAAGUAGUGACAGUAACUCUAAGCCUCGUUUCCAUCGACUUCUUCUCCAUAUCAAUCUCUCUAUUUUUCUCCAUUCCCUUAACACUCACUCUCUCUUUCACUUCACCUCAUUCUCUCAUUCUUCUUCACCUAAUAUUCUUUGGCAUUUGUCGCUAUGGCAUUGGAUUCUUCCAUGACUAUGUGCAAAUCCGUCACCUCAACCCCUGGCUUAUUCUUGCGGAGAAAUACAAGUAGUAGGAGUUUCCAAUGUACCUUUAAGGUGGGAACCAGGAUCAACUUUCCUAGGCAGAAAGCUCAGGUAACCCAAGUUAGAUGUAAAUCCAGUAAACGUGGAGGAGCCCUCGGUGCCACAUGCCGUGCUGAGAAAAUCCUGGUGGCAAAUAGAGGAGAAAUCGCUGUUCGGGUAAUCCGAACUGCUCAUGAGAUGGGAAUACCUUGUGUUGCUGUUUACUCAACCAUAGAUAAGGAUGCACUUCAUGUAAAAUUGGCUGAUGAAUCAGUUUGCAUAGGGGAAGCACCAAGCAGUCAAUCGUAUUUAUUGAUACCAAAUGUCCUAUCUGCUGCACUUAGCCUGAAUUGUACUAUGCUUCAUCCGGGAUAUGGUUUCCUUGCUGAAAAUGCAGUUUUUGUGGAAAUGUGCAGAGAUCACAGAAUCAACUUUAUUGGGCCUGAUCCUGACAGUAUUCGUGUUAUGGGUGACAAAUCAACUGCCCGAGAAACAAUGAAGAAUGCAGGUGUUCCUACUGUUCCUGGAAGUGAUGGUUUGUUACAGAGUACAGAGGAAGCAAUCAAGCUAGCACAUGAGAUUGGCUUUCCUGUGAUGAUCAAGGCCACAGCUGGUGGUGGAGGGCGUGGAAUGCGUCUUGCUAAAGAACCUGAUGAGUUUGUGAAGUUACUACAGCAAGCCAAAAGUGAAGCUGCUGCCGCAUUUGGAAAUGAUGGAGUUUAUUUGGAGAAGUACAUACAAAAUCCCAGGCACAUUGAGUUCCAGGUUCUUGCAGAUAAAUAUGGUAAUGUUGUUCACUUUGGUGAGCGCGAUUGCAGUAUCCAGAGGCGUAAUCAAAAACUUUUAGAAGAAGCGCCUUCUCCAGCAUUGACUCCAGAGUUGCGGAAGGCCAUGGGUGAUGCAGCAGUUGCUGCGGCAGCAUCUAUUGGUUACAUUGGUGUAGGAACUGUUGAGUUUCUUUUAGAUGAAAGAGGUUCCUUCUAUUUCAUGGAAAUGAACACUAGAAUCCAGGUGGAGCAUCCUGUAACAGAGAUGAUUUCCUCUGUUGACUUGAUUGAAGAACAAAUUCGUGUAGCUAUGGGAGAAAAACUUCGCUACAAACAGGAAGAUAUUGUGCUCAGAGGGCAUUCAAUUGAAUGUCGUAUCAAUGCAGAAGAUGCAUUUAAAGGGUUCAGACCUGGGCCAGGGAGAAUAACAUCAUAUUUGCCAUCUGGAGGCCCAUUUGUUCGAAUGGAUAGCCAUGUUUAUCCUGAUUACGUAGUUCCUCCAAGCUAUGAUUCAUUACUUGGAAAGCUUAUCGUAUGGGCUCCAACAAGGGAAAAAGCAAUUGAGCGCAUGAAAAGGGCUCUUGAUGACACUGUAAUUACAGGGGUUCCUACAACUAUUGAAUACCAUAAACUCAUCCUUGAUAUUGAGGACUUCAGAAAUGGAAAGGUUGACACUGCUUUCAUUCCAAAACAUGAAGAAGAGUUGGCCGCGCCACAGAAAAUGGUAUUAGCAACUGCUGCCAAAGAAUUGACUAGUGCGAGUGCGACCGCUUAGAAGGGUUAGUAUUCUUCUUGUUUAACUUCUUCAGCAUACUGGUAUAAGUCAUAUAGCAGUCAGCUUGUUGGAAAUGUUGGUAGGUGAUAAAUCAUUCAUAUUCAUUGGUGAUUCGUGGACAUGGGGUUCAUCAAGAUCCUGUUGUUCAGCUGACAUUCUAAUACAUCGUUUAUUUUCCUUGUGUUUUUUCAACCGUGAUGUGUUAUUCUUGAAACGCAAUUAAUAAUUUUCUUCAUAGUGGUUGGAAUAUACAUCCCUAAAACCCGGAAUUUGAUAUAUUAUUAAUUGAAGUUUCAAGAUUUUAUGGAUACAUUUUUCAAAA